AGUUCCGUGGCUGCCAAGUUGGGGUUUUUGACAGAUUGUCCCAUCAGGGAAGACUAUCCUCAAACAGAGAUUUUACGAGCACUGAAGGCCAAAUGUUGUGAGGAGGAACUGGACUUUAGGGCUGUGGUGAUGGAUGAGGUGGUGCUGACAAUGGAGAAAGGAAACUUGGGUCUGCGGAUCAAUGGAGAGCUAAUCACUGCCUACCCACAAGUGGUGGUAAUCAGAGUACCAACCCCUUGGGUGCAAAGUGAUUGUGACAUCACUGUUUUGCGCCAUCUAGAGAAGAUGGGAUGCCAGUUAAUGAACCGACCUCAAGCCAUCCUGAACUGCGUUAAUAAGUUCUGGACAUUUCAAGAGUUGGCUGGCCAUGGUGUUCCUCUGCCAGAUACUUUCUCUUAUGGUGGCCAUGAAAAUUUUGCUAAAAUGAUUGAUGAAGCUCAAGUACUGGAGUUCCCAAUGGUAGUAAAGAAUAUGCGGGGUCAUAGAGGUGAAGCCGUUUUCUUGGCUCGAGAUAAGCACCAUUUGGCUGAUCUAAGCCAUCUUAUUUGCCAUGAAGCGCCAUACUUGUUCCAGAAGUAUGUUAAAGAGUCACAUGGACGGGAUGUACGUGUCAUUGUCGUGGGAGGCCACGUGGUUGGCACCAUGUUACAUUGUUCAACAGAUGGGAGAAUGCAAAGCAACUGCUCAUUAGGUGGUGUGGGGAUGAUGUGUUCAUUGAGUGAACAAGGGAAGCAGCUAGCUAUCCAGGUGUCUAAUAUCCUGGGGAUGGAUGUGUGUGGCAUUGACCUGUUGAUGAAAGAUGGCAGCUCCUUCUGUGUCUGUGAGGCCAAUGCAAAUGUAGGUUUCAUCGCCUUUGAUAAGGCUUGUAAUCUACAUGUAGCUGGUAUCAUAGCAGACUAUACUGCCUCCCUUCUACCCCCUGGCCAGCUCACCCAGCGUAUGUCCCUGCUCUCUGUGGUGUCCACUGCCAGUGAGACUAGUGAGCCGGAGCUGGGUCCCCCAGCCAGCACUGCUGUUGACAACAUAAGUGCAAGUUCCAGCUCUGUUGACAGUGACCCUGAAAGCAUAGAGCGAGAGCUGCUCACCAGACUCCCAGGGGGACUGUUCAACAUGAACCAGCUGCUAGCCAAUGAAAUCAAACUACUGGUGGACUGACUCUACUGGUAAUUAACCAACAAAACCCUUGUAAAACUUUCUUUUUUCUUUUCUAUUUUUAAAACCAA